AUGUAUCUAUACUAUUUAUGUACAACCAUCCCUAUUGACUCCAAAUCCACUUUGCGCAGAACACUGGCCCCAGCCGAGAAAGGGGACGCCGCUGCACCCAGAGACUUGGAGGAGAGUGUGGGCGAGUUUGUACGGUGGUACGACCACCAGGCCACAGACGGAAACGCGGAAAUCGAAGUCAAACUGACGAAUAUGUUCAAGAAUCACAUCGCCAGCAGCAGUCGCGCUGUGCUGGGCAUGCAGUUGGGCUUACGUAAACG